GCGCCUAUGAAAGCAGCAUUAGCUCCACCAACCUGUUGCAGAAGAAACGCCCCCCUCCUCCCUCUCUCUCUCUCUCCCUCCCUCCCUUCCUCUCUCUGCCUGUAUUUCAACUGCAGUUUAGCCUCAGCUCUCACUCAGCUCUCUGCAAACACACAGCAUUAACUCUGACACUAACUGACCCCAAACAUGGCUGCUGCUAACCGGGUGAUCGUUUAUGGAGGAAGAGGAGCGCUGGGCUCCAAGUGUGUGCUGCAUUUUAAAUCCAAAGGAUGGUGGGUUACUUCCAUCGAUAUGGCUGCAAACGAGGAGGCAAACGACAACGUGAUUGUGAAGUCCAGUGAAUCUUUCAACGAGCAGGCAGGACAGGUGACGGCAGAUGUGGCGCAGUUGCUAGGGGAACUGAAAGUGGACGCCAUCUUGUGUGUAGCCGGAGGCUGGGCGGGAGGAAGCUGUAGCUCCAAAGAUUUAUACAAAAACACUGAUCUGAUGUGGAAACAGAGUGUGUGGACCUCCACUAUCUCCAGCCACCUUGCCGCUCUGCACCUCAAACCGAGCGGACUAUUGACUUUGUCCGGGGCUAAAGCAGCUAUGUCAGGCACUGGAGGCAUGGUGGGCUACGGCAUGGCCAAAGCUGCUGUCCACCAGCUGUGUCAGAGCCUCGCAGCGAAGAACAGUGGGAUGCCUUCAGGAGCCGCUGCUGUGGCGAUACUACCGGUUACCUUGGAUACGCCGAUGAACAGGAAGUUCAUGCCUGACGCAGAUUUCAGCUCCUGGACGACACUGGAGUACAUCGCAGAAAUGUUCUUCAGCUGGGCCACAGGAGUGGACCGUCCGGCUUCAGGCAGCCUGAUGCAGCUGACCACCUCCGGGGGGGAGACACAGGCCGUGGCAGCGCAGUGAAGACAGAGGAGACGUGAUGGGGGGAGGGAGGAGGGAGGAGAGGUAGAGAGAGGUGAGGAGAGGUAGGGAGAGACAGAUGAGAGAUGUGUAGAGAGAGGAGGAGAUAAGGAAGGGGGUGUGGAGGGAGAGAGAUGGUGACAGAGAGAAACUGGGUAAAAUAAGGAGGUGGAGAAGAGAGGGCUAGAUGGGUUUGUUUGGGAGGAGGAGGAGGGCUUUUUAUUGUAAAAGCAGCAUCAGAGCGCCAUCUAGCUGUAAACCCUGACGGUGAACUCCAGUGUUAUAUGUCCAGUAAUGGAAUGGACGCUCUCUCUCCACUCUUUCACAACAAAUAUGGGAAAUUAGCUAAAGGAUUCUUUCACAGAUCGGGGAAGAGUGUUCAAUGAAAGAUAUUUCAUUUAAAAUGUGUGUCUAGCUCUUUUUUGGUCAAGACUGUGUGGCAGCAUUCACCGAUUUAGACUAGGUGUAUUGGUUAAGCACCCUUAUAAUGCUGUCAUUGCAGUGUUAUUACAAUAAGGAUAAAGGAAAACAAGAAAGGCCAAUAUGGCUUUACGUUGCGUACACAGCGUCACUUCACACACACAUUAUGUCGUUGAUGUGGAAGUGUUUCAGUGUGAGUGCAAAAAACGUUACUCUUGCCAUUUGUACCACCUGCAAAUCUAAAGUAGAGGAAACACCUUGAAAACAAGGAACAGUAUUUACAUCAACAAGGUGCUGUCACUUUGAUUCAAUUGGAGAAUUUGUAUGCUUUUUAAUAGCAUUUUUUAUGUUUUAAACAUUUAUUUUGUAUCUUUUGCCAAAGAAAAGUGUUUUUAUGCUUUCAAUAAUAGAAAGAAAAUCUGCAUUUUAAAUAAUUUGAGUUUGCCAAUAAAACUGCAAUCUGUGCAUCUCUAAGAAACGUGCUAAAAUGAAUAAGCUGUCUCCUAAAUGUAAAUCAGCAUUCAUUCAUACCUUCAUUAGCUGCAGUCAUUUCCUUUACCAUCCGUGAAACCCAACACAUGACGGGGUCAGUGAGAUCUGUAGAGCUUUUAGUUUGUCGUCUGUUUUUCCUCCCUGAACGUCCUCAAAGAAAGCCGCUGUCUUCUUCUCUCAUACGGACCAUUCGGUUUAAAGUGGAGUGGCCUUGUUUCCUGUUUGUAGCAACAAGUCAAAGUGUCCUUGGUGUCCACGGUGUGAAAAUAAGGUGCUCUGUUCCUGUUUUUCUAAGUUGUGUUUGGUAACUGUGUCAAAUUCUCAAUAAAAAGAGUCGGAAUACAAUGAAAA